GCGAUCCCGUGAGCCUCUGGGUUCUUUUCAAUGGCGCAGGGUUAGGUUGGCGGUGACUGACGCCCAUCAUUAAGGGUUGGAUGAGUGAAGAGCGACGGGGUCUGAAGGACGCCUGGCCCAGUUUCUGGCAACUGGCAGACCCCGGUGAAAUGCUGUAAAAUGUUAGGGAUUGCAAGUGAUUAUGGCAUCUAGAACUCAAAAUGUCAGGCAAGGUGUGUUAUUUGCCGUGGAGGAUGAACUUAUUGAAGAUAAGCAACUUGGUAAAAGAAUGCAUUCUGAUUGCGAUGAGACUAUGAAAAAGGUUAAACUUUCGGAAUGUAAAGAGGCGACUCCUAAGAUUCUUCGAUCCUCUACUGAAGAAGUCGAGGAAACCUUACCUAAAACAGUCAAAGCAGUGUGCUCUAAAAAGAAAACUAGACAUCGAGUCCAAAGAAACGUGGACAUCAAAAAGCAGCGACCAAGCUUUUGGAGCUGUGACAUGGCAAAUAAAGAAAAUGAAGUUUUAUGUUCAGGAACUGUACCUAAAGUAUGUAAUGACAAUCGCAACUCACAGCUGAACUCUGGUGAAUUUCCUGCUUCACAGACUGACGGUACUUCUGUGACAUAUGCUGAUUAUUUUGCACAGAUUUCCAAGGAUCAUGCUACUAUGACACAAGUGCUAUUUGGUAGAAACCUAAGACUUAGUGUGGCUCUGACUUUCUGGCAAAAAAGUGCAAGUGAGCUAGUAGCUUAUUUGGUCAGAAUACAGGACACUGCUGUUGUUGCAGAUUGUCUGCCUGUACUUACAAAGAGUUUGGAAGAAGAGAAAGAAAGCAUCUCCAUAGGUUGUUGUGUUGAUCUAUUACCGUUGGUGCAAGAAUUAUUAAGAAGCAGGUUUGAAGAAUACUUGAUUGUUGGUUUGAACUGGCUAUGGGCUGUCCUUAAGCGAUGGUGGCCAGAGCUAUCCGCAAAUGCAAAAAAUAGUGAUGCAACCAAUGUAGAAGACCGAAACAUUGUGAUUAUGAAAGAUCAGUUACGACGGCUACGAGAACAGGGCUAUCAUUUAUCUUCAUUUCCAGGAUAUACUGGAAAAGUGGCUAAGAAUGUGGGAACAUACCUGGAGCAGUUAUACUAAGUAUAUGCAGCAUCCAGGGGACUUUAUUUUCCAAGACUAUCAGCAGUAGCAUCUGCUUCACGACUCCACAUAAAUCACCGUGUUUGUUGAAAUGUUUGGGAGACCAGCACUGCAGGGAGUAAUCAACAGUAGCUCAGCACUACAUUCAUUGCUGACAAUGUUCUAAAAACCACUAUUGAACCAUGCGAGGCUACUUCAUAUUGAAGUGGUUUAUUAGCCAAGCAGCAUUUAACUCGACUCCAUGAGCUGACAAAGUGACACUAUUCUGCUUUCCAGAUUUAUACAGCCUAACUUGGACAGGAGAUCUGUGUUCUUCAAUAUUGUCACACCAGUGCCAAUCAGCUGCCACUGAAAUGCUGCUUCAGUGCAAUUGGACACUAUGAAUGUAUUUUCUGUAUAUUUGAUUCAACUUUGUAAAAUUUGCAAAUGACAGUAGAGCAGUAAGUUAUCAUUUCACUAAAGUUCCAUAGUUGAGCAUGCAGUUGUUUACUAAUCAUGUAGCAAGGUGACCUUAACAAAAUGUGCAUAGUACUGUAUUCUUUUUAUUGUACCAUUAAAAUAGACAUUUCAUGUGAGUUUGCACUUAAAUAAAUGUUCUGACUUUACAUAGUAUUCAUUCACAACAUGUGCAUAGCUUUCAUGUGAAAGGUUAUUUUGUGAACCUUUUGCAUUUGCAUUCUACUUGGUCAUCGAGUACUGCUGUGUGGAAUGGGUCCUUUGACCCAGCCGUCGUGAAGCAAGGUGCCCAUAUCCCAUUGAAUCUUUCCUAUCAACCUACCUGUCCACAUAUCUUUGAAUCAUAGAUAAAGUAGCUUUUCAGAAGUAUAUCAGUGCAGACAAUUAACGUCUUCUCUGUGACAUAGCUUACCACUCGCUAAAUUGACUGAGAUUAUAAAGAAUAACAAACUGGGUUGGUUCAAGUACUUAUGACUGUAAUCUCAGUUGUAGGAAUUGCUGACUGAAGCAAACACAUUUUAGAUUUAAAAAUUCAAAGCUUAGAACCAAGAUAUAAUUGUGUUUUUUUAAAUCAUGGAAAAUUACUAUUGUUACAGUGCUGAUAUCAAACUUAGGCAAUCUAUUUGGAUUCACUUUUGCUUGUUGAGGUUUCUAUAAUCUUUCAAUAGACUUGCACCCUCCUGAUAAACUGUGCAGGGCAACCUUUUGAAAGAAUCACAAGAUUGUAUCUGUAAACUAGACACUCAAUUUGCACAUUAAUCAAAUCUAGAUGUAACAACUGCCCUGAUGAACUGUUUGACCUACUGACUUCCUGCAGAGUAAUAUACACAAAAUGCCAGAUUUCCAGCAUCUGCAGAAUCUCCUGUGUUUAUGUAACAACAAUUGUUCUUCUAGAUAAUGUUGGUAAAGAUUAUAAUGUUACAUAGACUACUUCAUUAAUAUUGGAAACAUAAAUCAGUCAUUAUUUGCAUAUUUGACAUUGUAUUACCAAGGUGGCCCAUUUCAGUCUGUUGAGUCUGUGCUGACUUACAGAACUAUUCCCCCAUUAAAUUUUCCCAAUAAUUUGUUGUCCCAUAUUGCCAUCAACACCCCUUCACCUUCACAGUGUGGCAAUUUAGUCAUCAAUUAACCAUUUUUAAAAAAACAGAUCUUUAGGAUAAGAGGAGAAAUAAGCAUGUCUGGGGAAUGGGAUGAGAUUGCUUUGUGAGAUUCAAUACUAGUGAGAAUGUGCAAGCCACACACAGUAUCACCUAGAUAUUUAACAUUCUCUGCAUCUCUAGUCCAUGGCCAUCAGUGAUUGGUUUGAAACUCAUGGUCUGCUGCAAGUAAGCUUGUUCAUAAUGACAAUAAAUUUGACCUCGAUGCAUUGGAAUUAUUUUAGAAUGACUCUUGUACAUAGAACUUAAGAUUUUCCAGUGAUACAGCACUCAAGA